GCUCCGGGCGAGUUGAUUCACUUACUCACCCCCUAACGCCGAGUUCCUUUUCACUGUCUGUGGACAUUAAAAAAGCGAGCGGCGGCGGCGGGCGCCCGGGAGAGCGAGCGGCCGGGCGACGGGCGGGCGAGCAGCGACCGGGCGGCCGAGCGAGCGAGCGAGCACCGCCGGCGCAGCGCGGUGACCCCAGCCCCAGCCGGCGCGGAGCGGAGACGGAGCCGAGCGAUCUCGGCGCCCUCGCCGCGCUCCUCCCGGCCCGAGCCGGCCCUGCCCGGCGGUGGCGGCGGCGCGUCCUCCAGCGGCGGCAGUAGCGCUCGCAGCGCCCGGACUCAGUGGCCUUGUUCCCAUAUAGCAGGGCUGCAGGGGCCACCGUCUCCUCCUCCUGACGCUCUGAGCAGCCUCCAGUCCUGGUCGGUUGGCAGAGGCCUUGGCAGGAGGAAGAGGAGGAGGCCCGUUGGCGUCAGACCAAUGCUGCAAGGGGUGUGAGGACAGGAGCCGUCUCCCGUCACCGAGCUGCCAGACCCAAAAAGCGGGAUGGAGCUGGAGUGAGGCGGAGGGGCGGCCAGUGCUGACCGGCGUGAGGGACACUGGUGAUUCCUGGAUCACUGAGGCUGGGCAACGUUCAUGGCUCUCGGGUAGAACCCAGCGAAACGGCCAGAAUGAAUUCUAUGGACAGGCACAUCCAGCAGACCAAUGACCGACUGCAGUGCAUCAAGCAGCACUUACAGAAUCCUGCCAACUUCCACAAUGCCGCCACGGAGCUGCUGGACUGGUGCGGAGACCCGAGAGCCUUCCAGCGGCCCUUCGAGCAGAGCCUGAUGGGCUGUCUGACGGUGGUCAGUCGGGUGGCAGCCCAGCAGGGGUUCGACCUGGACCUGGGCUACAGACUGCUGGCUGUGUGUGCUGCGAACCGAGACAAGUUCACUCCAAAGUCUGCCGCCCUGCUGUCCUCCUGGUGCGAGGAGCUUGGCCGCCUGCUGCUGCUUCGACACCAGAAGAGCCGCCAGAGCGACCCCCCCGGGAAACUCCCCAUGCAGCCGCCCCUCAACUCCAUGAGCUCCAUGAAACCCCCUCUGUCGCACAGUGAUGGGUCGUUCCCCUAUGACUCUGUCCCUUGGCAGCAGAACACCAACCAGCCUCCCGGCUCCCUCUCCGUGGUCACCACGGUUUGGGGAGUGACCAACACAUCCCAGAGCCAGGUUCUCGGGAACCCUAUGGCCAAUGCCAACAACCCCAUGAAUCCAGGCGGCAACCCCAUGGCGUCGGGCAUGACCACCAGCAACCCCGGCCUCAACUCCCCGCAGUUCGCUGGGCAGCAGCAGCAGUUCUCGGCCAAGGCCGGCCCCGCCCAGCCCUACAUCCAGCAGAGCAUGUACGGCCGGCCCAACUACCCCGGCAGCGGCGGCUUCGGGGCCAGUUACCCUGGGGGUCCUAACGCCCCCGCGGGCAUGGGUAUCCCUCCGCACACCAGGCCGCCCGCUGACUUCACUCAGCCAGCGGCCGCCGCCGCAGCAGCGGCAGUGGCGGCAGCAGCAGCCACGGCCACAGCCACCGCCACGGCCACCGUGGCAGCCUUGCAGGAGACGCAGAACAAGGAUAUAAACCAGUAUGGACCGGUCUGUUCCUCUUUCCAGAUGGGUCCCACCCAGGCGUAUAACAGCCAAUUCAUGAACCAGCCCGGGCCUCGGGGGCCUGCCUCCAUGGGGGGCAGCAUGAACCCCGCGAGCAUGGCGGCUGGGAUGACGCCCUCGGGGAUGAGCGGCCCUCCCAUGGGCAUGAACCAGCCCCGGCCGCCCGGCAUCAGCCCAUUUGGCACACACGGGCAGCGGAUGCCCCAGCAGACGUACCCGGGCCCCCGGCCCCAGUCCCUCCCCAUUCAGAGCAUAAAGAGGCCAUACCCGGGAGAGCCCAACUACGGAAACCAGCAAUACGGACCAAACAGCCAGUUCCCCACCCAGCCAGGCCAGUACCCCACCCCCAACCCCCCGAGGCCGCUCACCUCUCCCAACUACCCGGGGCAAAGGAUGCCAAGCCAGCCCAGCACCGGGCAGUACCCGCCCCCCACGGUCAACAUGGGGCAGUAUUACAAGCCAGAACAGUUUAAUGGACAAAACAACACCUUCUCGGGAAGCAGCUACAGCAACUACAGCCAGGGGAACGUCAAUAGGCCUCCCAGGCCGGUUCCUGUGGCAAAUUACCCCCACUCGCCUGUUCCAGGAAACCCCACGCCCCCCAUGACCCCCGGGAGCAGCAUCCCUCCCUACCUGUCCCCCAGCCAAGACGUCAAACCACCCUUCCCGCCUGACAUCAAGCCAAAUAUGAGCGCGCUGCCGCCGCCCCCAGCCAACCACAACGACGAGCUGCGGCUCACGUUCCCCGUGCGGGACGGCGUGGUGCUGGAGCCCUUCCGCCUGGAGCACAACCUGGCUGUCAGCAACCACGUGUUCCACCUGCGGCCCACGGUCCACCAGACGCUGAUGUGGAGGUCCGACCUGGAGCUGCAGUUCAAGUGCUACCACCACGAGGACCGGCAGAUGAACACCAACUGGCCGGCCUCGGUGCAGGUCAGCGUCAACGCCACGCCCCUCACCAUCGAGCGCGGCGACAACAAGACGUCCCACAAGCCCCUGCACCUCAAGCACGUGUGCCAGCCGGGCCGCAACACCAUCCAGAUCACCGUCACGGCCUGCUGCUGCUCCCACCUCUUCGUGCUGCAGCUGGUGCACCGGCCCUCUGUCCGCUCCGUGCUGCAAGGCCUCCUCAAGAAGCGCCUCCUGCCCGCGGAGCACUGUAUCACAAAAAUCAAGCGGAAUUUCAGCAGUGUGGCUGCCUCGUCAGGCAACACGACCCUCAACGGGGAGGACGGCGUGGAGCAGACGGCCAUCAAGGUGUCUCUGAAGUGCCCCAUCACAUUCCGGCGCAUCCAGCUGCCUGCUCGAGGCCACGAUUGCAAGCACGUCCAGUGCUUUGACCUGGAGUCGUACCUGCAGCUAAAUUGCGAGAGAGGAACCUGGAGGUGUCCUGUGUGCAAUAAAACCGCUCUGCUCGAGGGCCUGGAGGUGGAUCAGUACAUGUGGGGCAUCCUGAAUGCCAUCCAACACUCCGAGUUUGAAGAGGUCACCAUUGACCCCACGUGCAGCUGGCGGCCGGUGCCCAUCAAGUCAGACCUACACAUCAAGGAUGACCCUGACGGCAUCCCCUCCAAGCGCUUCAAGACCAUGAGUCCCAGCCAGAUGAUCAUGCCCAACGUCAUGGAGAUGAUUGCGGCCCUGGGCCCCGGCCCAUCCCCCUACCCGCUCCCGCCUCCGCCCGGGGGCGCCAACUCCAACGACUACAGCAGCCAAGGCAACAACUACCAAGGCCAUGGCAACUUUGACUUCCCCCACGGGAACCCCGGUGGGACAUCCAUGAAUGACUUCAUGCACGGGCCCCCCCAGCUCUCCCACCCCCCGGACAUGCCCAACAACAUGGCCGCCCUUGAGAAGCCCCUCAGUCACCCCAUGCAGGAAACUAUGCCACACGCUGGCAGUUCUGACCAGCCCCAUCCCUCCAUACAAGGUUUGCACGUACCACACCCCAGCAGCCAGUCAGGGCCUCCAUUACAUCACAGUGGGGCUCCUCCUCCUCCUCCUCCUUCCCAGCCUCCCCGGCAGCCGCCACAGGCCGCUCCCAGCAACCAUCCACACAGCGACCUGACCUUUAACCCCUCCUCAGCCUUAGAGGGUCAGGCCGGAGCGCAGGGAGCGUCCGACAUGCCGGAGCCUUCGCUGGAUCUCCUUCCAGAACUCACAAAUCCCGACGAGCUCCUCUCCUACCUGGACCCCCCCGACCUGCCGAGCAAUAGUAACGAUGACCUCCUGUCUCUCUUUGAGAACAACUGAAGGCCACCCCUCCGUCGGGGCCAUCCCUCCGCUCUGCCUCCUGCCCCGUCUCCCCUCACUCUUCCCCACCGGGAGCCUGUGCCCUCAGACCGCCCCUCGCCCGGAGCCAUAGGGAGGGCGCGGGAAGGCUGGUGGGCCUGGAGCCUGCGCCCACCCGCACGCCCUCACUUGGGCCCACACCCAGUGCAGGCCCCGAAGAGUCGCUCCUGACUGGAACUGGCCCGGGAAGGGGGCUCGCCCCGACGGCGGCUUCCCAGGCCGCCUGUGCGUGUGGAUUCCAGGCGACCCUCCAGUGCCCCCCGAGAUUCUUCCAUUUUCUAGACUGUAAUCCUGCCUCCCUGCUUCCUGGCCCAGAGCCUCCUUCAAGUGACUGUGGGACCUGCGAGAAGUCCCCCCAGACCCAGGGUGGGCCCUAAACCUUGGAGGAGUAGUGACAGUUGGCAGUAGUGAGACCGGCCUGCCCACCACCACCCACCACAGAAAAGCACAAACCUCUGGGAAGGAGAACAUCUCUCACAGGACAGGGGUCAUUGGCUUGACCUCUGACCUCUAAGCCAAGAUACCCUGUAAACACACUCUCAAAAAGCAGAGAAGAUGGACAAGAUUCUGUGUUUGAGAGAGGGUAUGCCAUUCCUGCUGGGGGCCUGGUGGGAAAGGGCUUCCCAGAGCCAGGACGACGCCCCCAAUGGCUCCGCCACCUUCACGCCAGACCAGCGGAGCGGGGCAGAGAGAGCACAGAUGUGUGCCCAACCAGAAUUACCAUGCCCUCCGUUGGGGGGUGGGGGGAUGCUGCUAGCCGGAGUCCAGUAGGGGCAGCAACUUGUAACUUAGCUCCAAGCCACUCCCUGUUUUUAAACAGCAACAAACUACGAAGUCAUCUGGAGCAAAGGAACGUUGUACUUGGACAGCAAGCAAACCAUUUCUCUCCAUGUGUUCUGUCUCCCCUCCUGCACCCCCCCCAGCUCUCCAAGACUGUUCUGUGGGACACCCACUUCCCCCUGUGUCCUAGUUCCCUGUCCACCCAAAUGGCAGGGGGCACAGGUGUGGGAGCCCAGGGCAUCUGUCUGUCCAGCCUCUCUGUCCCUGUGCUGCCCCUGGCUGCCAGUCUCCCCUGCCCACCGUGCCCCUCUACCGCCAAAAGCUUACCCCACACUCCGCUUGAGCAAGGCAGCCUCUGGCCUUCCUGCCACUCGUCACUCCACCUGGCUCUCUGAGGCCUCCCAGGGAGCUUGUCCUAUGUCCACUUUGUUUCAAGCUCGUCUGUGUCCCCCUAAGCCUCAUGGCCUGGGGUGAUGCUGGCUCGUCCCAGCACUUGGGUCCUGUCUGUAAAUCCUUUGCGCUCUUCCCUGCCACUGCCUGGGCCCUUUCCUGCUUCCCUGUUCCCUGUGGGUGCUCUCGAUCCCGCCAUCCCCGGCUCCCUCUCUGUGGUGGGUGGCCCCAGCACUCCUCCUCCCUCCACGGACUUUCCCGGAAAGGUGGCCCCAGCUGUUGACUUCCAGUCGCUGUACCAGACGGCACAAGGUUUUCUGCAAGAAAGCUGCCAUUGCCGCCCCGCCCCGCCCCUUCUUUUCCUUUGUCCCGUUGUCGUUGAGGUUUUUUCAAACAGCGUGUUGUUCGGUAUGCAAAUCAAUUAUUUUAAGAAUCGCUUUUGUAAAUAUCUUUGUGAAUAUUUUAGUAUUGUCUUUGAUAAUAUUCAACAUUUUCAUGACCUGGUUAUAGCCUUUGCUGGUGUUUUUAAAAUACCUUGACUCAGUAACAAACAUGGAGUCUUUUUUUGUUUUUUUUCUUUUUUUAAACAAAAAAAAGGAACCAGGGCUAUUUGUACAGAUGAAGGGACGAACGGAAUGGGUGGCUGUGCUGGGAGUCGGGAGACCAGGCAGCCCACUGUUGAGGGCCAUCCCCUAGUCAGCAGGCGGGGACAGGUAGUAUGUGGUCACCCUUGCUUGCCCAGAGCCUGUGGCCUGGCAGGUGGCCUGGUCUGUGUCAGACCAUCUGGAAUUUCAGCUCCGGACAGACUGACAGCUGCCUGCCUUGGGAGUUCCUACUUCCUGCCUCGAUUGAUACUUUGCCCCAGAAAGGCCUGGCGUCCAUACUGGUUCUCAGCAGGGUGUGCCCAGACUCCCCUCACAGACCUAUCCACAGCUUUCCACGCAGAGGUUCUAGAAGCUCCCUGCAGCCCGGGCCCCUCCCCACCCACCUCUGGGCCUGGCACCCGAGGCUGGGUUCCUGGGUUCCCGGGUUCCCUCCCCAGCAAGCCUCCACCAGCACGUAGCAUUCCUUCCGGCGGGCUCUGAAGCCCUAGGCUCUGGGGACAUCCUCUUCCAGAGUGAUUUUGGGGCCAGACCAGGGUGUGAGGGAGGUACAAAGGCAUCUGAGGCAGGAGCGAGCCCCCGCUGCCGUGACAGACGCAGGUGAAAACGACAUCCGUAAGCAGAGGUGGUCCUGAGCCUCUGGAAAGAUGCUUCCCUGAUCCUUGCGGACGGCUCCUUGGAGCCAUAGCAACCUCAGCAAAAGCAAGGCCUGAGCAAGCCACUUUUCCACGGCAAGCAUCAACCCAGCCCAUAGGUGUGUGUCUGUUGCCACUCCUCGAGAUGGGUACAGGGAGACGGCGGGCAGGCGGGAGGGGCCGAGCCCAGGCAAUCGCCCCAUCUUCUUGGUUUGAAGCUUUAUCCAUGUAUCAUGUUCCCUGUAGCCAUUUUAUUUUUUAUGAAACUGCUAAUACUUUCUCCCUACCGGAGCCCUAACCCCCCCCAGAGAGCUAUAGGUCUGCUCCCCAUGGCCUUCGGGCCUGACCCGUCCAGACAGGGUAGUGUCAGCAGCAGUGACUCAAGGGACGUGUGUACAUAUGUAAAUGAGAAAUAGAGACAUGUCAACAGAUGCAUUCAUUUCUCUCGGAAUGUGUAUUGUUUUUAUUUUACGAAACAAAACAAAAAAAAAGGCUUGGAAUUCCAUCUUACGUGGAAAAACUAGAUCCUGUUCGUUAGCGUUUGUGAGUUCUCCACGUUUGUCUCACUCAUGUAAUAUACUCUGACCCUGUGUGGAAAGGAAUUUUUGUUUUGUUUUUAUUUUACCUACAUGUACUAUUUAGCUUCAGUGUACUAGUCCUGCCACCUGUGUAUUUUUAGGGUGCUAUGGAAAUAAUGAAAAGAAACGGGGAUUUCAGAAGAAAAUUGUAACCAAAUUCAUACUUUGUAUAAUUUUUUGAUAUCAUGAUCACAGGUGAUUCACACGUACACACAUACACACACCCACACGUGCAGCCUGAAGUGACUCCCACAGCAGCCAUCAUCGUCUCUGUACAUCGUAUGUACAAUGCAAUCAUUUCAUACUUUCAACUGGUCAGAAAACUAAUUGUGAUUUCUAGUCUUGCAAAGCUGUAUGUAGUUAGAUGAUGUGACAACCUCUAAUAUUUAUCUAAUAAAUAUGUAUUCAGAUGAAACCUGUAUAUUAGGUGUUCAUGUGGUUAUUUUGUAUUUAAAGAUCAAAUUAUUUGACUAUUGCUAGACAUUUCUAUACUCUGUUGUAACACUGAGGUAUCUCAUUUGCCCAUGUUAAUUUUUUUCUAAAUAAAUUGACAAAAAC